AUGCGAAGAUUUUUAGCAAAUAUAUCUACAAUCGAUCAUGAUUAUUAUGAACCACGAUCUUCAAAUAUAAACCUUCAUGAUGAUAAAUGUCAUAUUGAUUUAGAACAUUUUUAUAAUUGUUUAUCAUCAUACGGUAGUCGAAUAUCAUUAUCAUUAACUGGUACAACAGAUACAAAAAAUGGCUCAUUACAAGAUUAUCAUUCAAUAUCAACAUCAUCAACAAUAACAACUGAAAAAUCUUAUCUUUCUAUUGAAUCUCUUCAAAGUGCAUCUCCUUCUUCUUCUCAACAACUUCUUGUUCAUUCAAUUAGUCGACAAUCUUUACAACAACGACUAUUAUUUGUUUUAAAUAAUGGUUAUAUGACAAGAAGUGCACAAAGUUUAGCAUCAUCAAAUAUAAAUAUAUCAAACACAAAUAAAAAUUCUUCAGCAACAUUAACAGCUUAUUAUUGUUUAAAAACAAAUGAUGAAUUUAGUGGAACAACUAAAAGACAAUCGAUUUUACCAUCUCAACAACAACUACUACCAAAACUGGGUGUUAAAGCACUUGAUCAAACUUCAUCGAAUAAAAAUAUUGUUCUUCCUCAACGUUCACCAAUAUUAAAUUUAUAUCAAGAAGAAAAAUGUCGUCGAAUUGAAUUUGAUAAACAACCUGAACGACUGGGUAAUAAAUUAAAUCGAUCAAAUGAAUAA